UGGCGAGUGUUGCGAUUAAUACCGACUGCACCCGCGAAUCGCAUUCCAAUCCUGACGAAUCCCCAUUCGCGUUAAAGGAACACUCGUUUAAAUAACCUAACCCUCAUCGAAACUCACGGACAAUUUGAUCUCGAGCAACCGUAGUAAACGUUUCAUGGUCAAUAAUCGGAUUAAAAGUGGUACGGUGUUAACGACGUUUGGUCAUCGGCGAACGCGUGUCCCUCUGUCAUCCGAUGCAGCGUGUUUGAACGAUCGAUUUUCGGGAUAAGAAAGAAAAGAGCGUGGCCUUUUCCGACACUGCACGUGCGCGACACCCUCUCUCUCUCUCAUCCUCAUGGUGGAUCCGUUUUCGCACCACUUCUCAAGAGCCGCGAGUAAAACAACAGGGGCGAGCGCAUACCCUUGCUUCUGCUCCGAUGCAGUUCCUCAGCGUCUCACUUACAUAAUCCUUCGCUAACUAUCACCUUGCAUCAUUAUCCAAAAGAUCUUACAAAGCUGUGCAAACUCAGCUCCCAUCGAAAGAGUCUCUCAUUGUCAAUGGAUCCCUCGUUAUCACUUUAGAGAGAAGACUUUCCGGGAAAAUAAUCGCACAGUUUUCGAGAUAAACGGUCCAAGCACAGACUCGCUUGAUGGACACUCCUUCCAGAUGCGUUCUCCAGCGCGCGAGGCGGAUUAUCAUCGUGGUCGAUCUUAACGAGCAUUUCGCCAAAAAGUAGCAGAGCCCGGCAAGACGAGUUUCUUUCGAGGCCACGAAAUCGUGGGACCAGUGACCCGUGCAGGAAAUCGUACUCGGGGCUGGUUCGCCCAGUAUCGAUGAUCGCUUUCCGAUCCACGCUGCGAGAGGAGGCCACCUAUUGAAGCCUCGAGAGCUACGUGUUUACGAGAGCGCACGAUCGAGAACACGGGGCAAACUAUAGGCCUUGCCUACGCUGCCACGAUAAUUGCCGUUCGCUUUCACCUAAGAAGAGAGCCAACUCGCCAAGAGAACAGGCUGGUCCGUGAUAAAUCUAAUAAUCGAGGCUACAGUCUGCGUCUGAUCGACCAAACGCUUCUACGUCGCGAAACGGCAUUCGCCAAAACGACUAUUUGAUUGAGCUCUAUGGGAUUUUGAGGAAACUCGGUGAUAUAUCUGAUGAUCCAGGUUUGACGGAAUUCGAGCAACGGAGAUAUCCGAUAUUUGGUAAAGAAACAGGCGGACGGAAUCAGUGACAUUCGAUGAACAAGGUUUGGUGUGAUUUAAUCGACGGAAAUAUAACAUUCGACAUUUAAUGAAGGAAGUUUUAAGGAUGAGGUCAGUGAUUCGACUUAUGAUCAAGAUAUGAAAAGAUUUGAUAUAUAAACAUAUACAUUAUUCGAUAUUUAGUGCCGGAAGUUUUGAACGAAAUUAGUGAUACAUUUGAUCAUUACAAGGUUAGAUCAAUGUAGACAUAUAAUAUUCAACAUUUAAUGCAAGAAGCUUUGAAUAAAAUCAGUGAUACACUUGAUCGUUAAAGUUUGACGAAGUUAGGUCAACGCACACAUAUAAUGUUCGAUAUUUAGUGCAAGAAGUUUUGGAUAAGGUCAGUGAUACAUCUGAUGAUUAUAGUUCGAUAUUGGAUCAACGAAGAAAGAUCUAAUGUGUGGUGUACAAAGCUUUGGAUAAAAUCAGUGAUAUUUCUGAUAUAUGCACGUUCGACGUCGUUUAAUCAACAUAGACAUGCAUAUUUGACAUUUGGUGCAGAGAGCUUCGGAUAAUUUUAGUGGUAAAUCUGAUAUAUACAGAUGUGAUAUCGUUUGAUCGGCAUAGGCACAUGUGUUUGAAAUUUGUUAUAGAAAGCUUUGAUAAUAUAAAUUUUGACAUCGUGUGAUCUGCGAGGACAUAUUUGACACGUGGUGUAACGAACGUAGAAUAAUAAUAGUAAUAAAUCUGGUAAUCAGAAUUUGACGCCGUUUGAUCAGUAGGCAUAUACAUGUUUGAUAUUUGAGAAAGAAAACUUUGGAUAUUAGUGAUGAAUUUUUGGAUGAACUAAAUGAUCAAGAAUUGACGCUGUUUGAUAAAUAGAGACACAUUUGAAGAUCUACUUCAACAAUCCCAAGUUUGGUGAUGUACCUGGUGUUCAAGCUUCAAUGUUUGACUAACAUUAACAUACAGAUCAAACAAACGAUUAAUCUUAUUAAGAUUUAACCUUGUUUGACUAAUAGAAACAUAUUUAUAGUCUCUAGGAAUCCCAAAUUUAAUGAUGUACUUAAUGAUCAAGGUUUGACGUUCUUUGAUCAACUGGAACGUAUCUGAAAACAUCGAAAAGUAUCACAUAUUACAAAUUUCACAAAAAUCUGACGUUGUUUGAACAAAGAAGUAUUUAUCAUUUGAUAUACCGAAAUUGGAUAAAAUCAGAUAUUUUAAAGGAUCUCCAAUGGUCUUUUGACUCUUAUGAAAGCGAUAUCGUUUGACAGAGACAUUUACUGAAGAAAACCCUGUACAUUUCUGCAAUAAAAGUUACCAGACAUCGUCAGAAGAAGAUUUUGAUUUUUGUGAAAGUGGAAUGCAAAUGUUUCGAAAUAUUUGCGAUCGUGAUAAAAAAUAACGGUGAAAAUAUCGAGUUAUAAAGUCGUGUUCUACGAAGGUCAGAUCGGCGAGUCUGUGCAAGUUGGAAAGGAAGGACAGAAAGGGUGAUAAAUCGAGUAGUCGCAGGGAUGUCGGUGUGAGGAUUGUCCGUUUGUCGAGCGUGGUUCUCGCGUGAUACUCCAACGUUUCGUUGGACCAAUUUAAAGACAAGGGAACAGCGAGGAAAAAAGCCGGCAAACUGGAUGCUCCAGACGGUGCCUCGCCUUCCGCGACCCCGCCUGACAUCACUGUCACCCAGGAUGACCGCUUCGGGAAGCGGACGGGUGGCAGCGCCAGAAGACCCAACGAAUGCUUCGUCCUCGAGCCCUCCGAGAUGAUCGUCAACUUCAGUUUCUUAUUAUACUUGAAGAAAUGUGAAAGCAUCGGAUAAUCGAUCGCAAUUGAUACUGCCGUUCCAAGCGUCGCAAUCUAGUGCAACAAUUAGUGCAUUGUAGUGGUGGUUAUUAAAAAAAAGUGAGUCUCAAAGAGAAAUUGAAUUGUCCAACUACCGUGGAUGUUUUUGGUGGAUCAAGGUGUUUCUUCGACAGAGUAAUUUUGUUGGUGAUCCAGUGGUAACAGGAGUUUGAAUUUGAGAGAAAGUGACGAACAAAGAAACGAGAAUGAGGGACAAAAGUGUGCUGAAAGGUGCAGAGUGAGAUGGUGAGGGAAAAGAUCGAGCCAACAAGAAACGAAGAAUCUUGAUCCACGAAGAUGUUGAAACACAUGAAUCGAACUGGACGACCUCGGAUGGUCGUGAGGAAGAGAAAAGGUCGUUCGUUAUCCAGAAGCUGGCCCGGUACACCGAGGCCCUUAUCGGUCGUCUCGAACGAGAUCGACUAUCCGGAAGUGCAUGGAGGAAGGAUGCAUCGACCGCCGCACCCUCAUCCCAUAACCGACCAUCGGCAGGUUAACCUGGUCUUCGAUGACACGUUUUCUCAAGGCCUGACAGGCAGGCCAGAGCUCUACCAAAAAUCCAAUAGAAGCAGCCAUUCAAGUGACACGAGUUCGGCAUACAGUGGAUCAGACACAAUGACAUCCGUUCAAAGUUCAUUGGAUGCUGAUGCAGAUGAUGUUGAUCUGUCAGGGCUUGUUGAAUCCAUUGUGGAUAGCGAUGAAGAGGAAGAUCUUGCAGAGAGUAUGGAUAGUUUGACUGUUCGCGAUCCUGUCAGAGAAUGUUUAGAGAAAGAUCCUAUGGAAAGAACUGAGGAUGAUAUAGAGACACUGUUAGAAUUCACGCAACAAUUGAAGGCCUUCACAAAUAUGACUUUGGCAGUAAGAAGAGCGCUGUGCGCUGUAAUGGUGUUUGCUGUGGUAGAACGUGCUGGUAUGAUAGUUUUAAAUGAUGGCGAAGAAUUGGACAGUUGGAGCGUACUCAUUAAUGGCGCAGUGGAGAUUGAGCAUAGUAAUGGAGAAAUUGAACAAUUGCACCUUGGUGACAGUUUUGGAAUCUUGCCAACUAUGGAAAGGCUUUUGCAUAGAGGUGUCAUGAGAACAAAAUGCGACGACUGCCAGUUUGUAUGCGUUACACAAGCGGAUUACUUUAGAAUUCAACAUCAAGGGGAAGAGAACACCAGGAGGCACGAAGAAAACGGGAGAGUGAUUUUGGUAACUGAGUUAAGGGGUGCUUUGGAUGGUGGAGCACGAAGAGGUCAUGUAGUGAUUCGUGGAACUCCCGAACGUUUAAUGUUACAACUUAUUGAAGAAAACAGUAUUACCGACCCCACUUAUAUAGAAGAUUUCUUAUUAACUCAUCGAACAUUUAUUGAUAGUCCUUUAUUAGUUGCAAGUCAAUUGUUAGAGUGGUUUGAUCAAGCACAAGUUAGAGACAGAGUUGCUCGCGUAGUACUUCUUUGGGUAAACAAUCAUUUUACGGACUUUGAAACUGAUCCGGCCAUGAUGGAAUUUUUAGAAGCUUUUGAAGCUGGAUUGGAGCGAGAGAAAAUGCAAGGCCAGCAAAGAUUAUUAAAUAUCGCGUGUGCUGCAAAAGCGAGGACGCGGAAUGUAACAUUAGCAAGGCCUUCCAGAGAUGAUAUCUUGCAUUUUAGUAUUUUAGGGGGAUAUGAAAGGGGUUUUGGUAUUUUUAUUUCAAAAGUUGAUAAAAAAUCGAAAGCUGAAGACGUCGGUUUAAAACGAGGCGAUCAGAUUUUAGAAGUAAACGGACAAAGCUUUGAGCAUGUGAGUCAUGCCAGGGCUCUCGAAAUUUUAAGAGGAUCCACUCAUCUCAGUAUAACUGUUAAAUCCAAUUUACUUGCGUUUAAAGAAAUGCUUCAGAUGCCAGACGAUUCGCCGAGGCCGCGUGGAAGAGCAAAUAAACCUGAGAUUUCAAGACUACAAACUGAUCCGCGUGCAAGGUUGUCUACGCACGUGGAUCCGAUAACUCCAGUAAAUCCUCUGGUGGGCGGUGUUCCAUUAUUAAUUCCCGAUUCAAAUGUUUCUCCGUGUAAAGACGCUAAAAAGGAACAUAAAGGAUUCAUGACCCUUGGACCGAAAAGAAGAUUACAGAAAGCUCUAAUGAAGAUGAAUAUACUGCCAAAGAAUACUAUUAACGAUGGUGUACAUGUAGAUGAUCCCCUCGCACCUCCUCACACACCACCGGGAACAACAGGACUUGCACAGACUACAACAAACCUUUAUCACUCCAAAAGUAAUCCUGAUCUUACGUCGUUGUAUUGCUACGAUGACUUAAGGGCGCCUGACUACCCUGAACACGUUUUAAAAGUUUAUAAAGCCGAUCAAACUUGUAAAUAUCUUCUUAUUCACAAAGAAACAACAGCGCACGAGGUGGUUAUGCUAGCUCUCCAAGAAUUUGGUAUAACCGAGAGCAGUUCGAAUUUUUCUUUAGCAGAAGUUAGCGUCGGAGAAGGGGGUAUGAUUAAACAACGUAGGUUACCGGAUCAAUUACAGAAUCUCGCGGAACGAAUUGGCUUGAGUUCUCGAUAUUAUUUAAAAACCAAUGGUAUUUCGGAGACUCUCGUAGCGGACGAACAAGCACCUGAAUUGAUCCGUGAAUCUCAGGUUCAUUUUUUGCAAUUGAAUGCAGUUGAAGUUGCCAUUCAGCUAACUUUACAAGAUUUUAGUAUAUUCAGGCAAAUUGAAUCUACGGAAUACGUGGAUGAUUUGUUUGAGCUGAAAAGCAGAUACGGAGUACCUAUGCUUAGGCAGUUUGCGGAACUAGUCAACAGAGAAAUGUUUUGGGUUGUGACAGAAGUUUGUUCUGAGCACAAUCUUGUUCGACGUAGUAAAAUAAUAAAACAGUUCAUAAAAAUAGCUCGACAAUGUAAAGAGUGUAAAAAUUUCAAUUCAAUGUUUGCAAUUGUGUCCGGUUUGGGACAUGGAGCCGUCUCAAGAUUGCGAGCAUCUUGGGAAAAACUGCCAAGUAAAUAUCAGAGGCUCUUUAGCGAUCUACAGGAAUUAAUGGAUCCCAGCCGCAACAUGAGUAAAUACCGGCAAUUGGUGGCAUCUGAACAAACACAACCUCCCAUAAUUCCAUUUUAUCCAGUAGUGAAGAAAGACCUGACGUUCAUACAUCUGGGAAAUGAUUCCAGGGUAGAAAGCUUGGUAAAUUUUGAAAAAUUACGAAUGAUCGCGAAAGAAGUGAGAACGUUGACGAACAUGUGUUCCUCGCCUUACGACUUGUCUAUAAUGUUAGAAAGGGGUGGUCAACCACCCAGUUCAGCUAUGGUCGCCUUAAAUCAAAUGACUACGGGGAAUCAAGUGUUGCAAUGUCCAGGAGGACAAACAGCAACAGUGAAAAGACGAAAAAAGUCGACCGCAGCGCCAAAUCCGAAGAAAAUGUUCGAGGAGGCGCAGAUGGUUCGAAGAGUGAAAGCAUAUCUCGCUAAUAUGAAAGUUAUCACGGAUGAGGAGCGGUUACACGCUCUUUCCGUGGAGUGUGAACCUCAUGCAGGAGCUGUUGCAGUAGCUGCUGCGGUACCUCUUAGUACAAGCAGAGGAAGAAGGCAUCCUUCUCCUACUUUAUCAACCACUAGCAGUGCCAGUAGCACGAGCGAAGGUAGAAAGAGUAUACAAGGCACAAAGUUCGGAGCAGCAUCGCCACAGGCGGUACGAAAAAUGUUGGCGCUCUCCGAUCCUCACAAAACUCGUCCAUACCAACCUAAACAUUGUCCACCACCGCUUCCAGUGCCAGGAUUAGCGUUGCAUUCCAGCGGACUGGAGCCUAGUCCUGGUGCACCUAGGAGAGUAGGAUCUGGUAGCCGAGUUCCUAUGCAUGAGCGAUCCCAUAGCGAUACUCCUUCCAGUUUACCACCACCUGUCGAUCUCAGUGCUGAAAGUAGUAGUGUAACCAGCCUGAGCAAUCUUCAGCCGUUAAGAAAAACGUUGACCAGCGGUUCAGUGACGAGCAGUGACAGUGGUCACAGUACACAGCUGGACAGCCACAGUGGGAGCAGCGUAGAAGCUGGUGGUAGUCCACCGCCACCGCAAAGACGCCACUCCGCCAUGCAAGGGUCUGUUUUGAGAGGUGGUGCACCUCCGUUCCCUCACGCGGUAGCAGUGUUACCUCCGCUUCCUGCCAACCACAACCAGAAUCACAACCACAAUCAUCAUCACCACCACCACCAUCACCACCAACAUUAUUACGAUCAUCACCAUCACCAACCCCAAAAUCCUCAAGGUACUACGGGAUUAGGAGUAGGCGUGGGUCUCGGAGUAACGGCUGUACAUCCUCCUCCAGGAGCUGGCACAACGAUUAUGACUACGAUGUCGACGAUAACUACCAUGACAUCGAUGACCACGAUACGUCCAGGAAUCGGUAGUACACAGUGUCGCCAACCACCUGCGUACAAAGUUGCGGCACAGAUGGCAAGGUUGCACAGGCUUGGCCGUGCCCACAGCCACGAGGGUGUUACCUACAGGACCGACCAUGAAGAUGACGACGAGGACGCCCAAGUAUCAGCGGUUUAAACAGUCCAUGACAUCUGCGAGGAGUUUCUGGUCAUCCUUUUGUUUCACCCCCUCAUCGCACUGUUUCUUCACGCGACCAAGAGGAACACAAACUUUCGUUAUCAUGUGCCACGUGAAAGAGGAACUUCCCAGCUAGUGUGUACCUGUUCUCCAAAAACCGAAGGAAGCUUGACAAAGGGGUACAUGAACGACAAAGAAACGAAAGAGAUAAAAUUAAUCGUCAAACGCACAGUACUUUUAACGUGGUAUACGUUGAAGGUUCAAACAAUAAUACCGGUUCCAAGGAAGAUCCUUGGAUAAGCGAACGAAGCUUGUCUUCCAGAAUUGCAUGAGAAAGAAGCUGAGAAGAACCAUUAAGAAUCCGAAGAGACCUGUUAGGACCAUACAGAAAAAACAGAAAACAUGCAUUGAUAAUCUGAAAAGAUAGACAUGCCAAGAUCCUGCAGAAGAAAUAGAGAAGAGGUACUCAGAACCUGAAGAGAUACAUCUAUUAGGAUCCUGUUGAAGAAGCAGAGAAGAGGCACUGAGAACCUGAAGAGACACGUAUGUCAGGAUUCUGCAGAAGCACCGUUUAAAAAGAGAAAGAUUCAGGAAGCACAGAAAAGACAAAUGAAAGGAAAAGAUAGAUCUAUACCGAGUAUCCAGACUGAGAAAGACACAAGAACUUCUCUUUAAAAAGAGGUGCCACGAGUUUCACACGUAGCGGCUACUUAGAGAGAGAAUGAGAGACUAGGCGCGUGAAUUUACGGUCAUAAGUAAUAUUCUCUAUAAAUGUGUAAUAAAAAUCGAGUCCAAAGAUGUUAUAUAUACCGCGUAAUUGUCGCAGGGAGUACGAAUGACGGCGUGUCUUGUAUUAUAAUUACUUUUUAGGCUAACCCCCGAACGCCCAGAGUAGUUUAAGUAUACGUUUCUUUUUUUUUUUGGUGUACAUAGCAUGUAGUGUUUAAUGUAGCCUGUAACGAACGAGAGAAUGUGUGUGUAUGUAAGAGAAAAUGAGAGAGAGGGAAUUUAGUGCAAAACGAACACGAGUGUCAUCGUGUUGUCCAUCAUCAUUGAGCGACGUUUCUUUUCUUCGUUCUUUUUUCUUCUCUUUUUCUGUACACGCGGCGAGAUUUUCCAAGCUUUUAAUUAUUUACUGUGUGCUUCGAGCUGCGUUCUCAGUCGAAGAAGAAGGACUUUGACAUUUUAUUUUUCGAUAACAGUGUUUGAUAGUUCGCAGGCGAUGGAAGCGGUGAUUUUAUAAUUGACGCGCAACGUAAAUUUGGAAACGCCGCCUCGGCGCAUGCGCACUACUGCUGUUGAUGCGAUCAUAAGUACAAAGUAUUUUUGGAGAAAUUAUGGGAAACGAGUUUUUGUAGAAAAUUACGAUGGAGUGUGCGUUGAGGUCUUGAAAUUGUUUUACAGCUGUGAUGGGCAAGUAUGCACGUUAGGUCACUAACAGAUAUUAUAAUAAGCGUUUGAUGAUCUGUAUUUUUAAAUCGGGUUAAGUUAAAGUAUAUCGGAUCGUAUUAUUUCGAGAUGAACUGUAUUGAAUUGGACCCUAUCGAAUGCAACAAUGUUGAACUAAAUCGCAUUGAAAUAAGUCGAAUCAAAUUGAAUGUACGUCCAAUUCAAUUCCAUCAAAUUGAUUUAAAUCAAACUGAAUUGCGUGGAAUUAUAUAGGGUCAAUUUGAAUUAUCACAUCGAAUUAAAUUACGAAAAAUUGAAUCACAUAAAAUUAAACUCUCCAGCAUGCACCUAACGUGCCCAUCAUUGUCUUAGAUCAGUACCUAUUUUUUUUACUUCUAUCGCGACACGAGCUAGCCUUUUGCGAGCGCAAAAAUAAACCAAUAUCGUAAAAACAAAAAUCACGUGCGAUUGCAAGAGCGAUAGAAGAGAAACGAAGGAUGCAACAAGGUAUUAGCGUUUCACUGUCGAAACGCGGACAUAAUAUUAGUAAUUCGAUUCGCAUCGCGUAUGCUCAACUUAUUUUUACCGAGUAUGUAAUUAUUAAUCGAAACAAAUUUUUAGAUCUGCCUGUAACUUAUUAGAAGUCUCGACCUGCUCGAAUUCGAUCUGUCGUCGAAGGUGAUGGAUCAUCGGUAACUAAUAUUUUCCGAAAUUUUAUCAGUAUCACGGUACUCUUAAUUUUAUAUACAAAGAAACAAAAAAAAUAUAUAUAUAGAAAUAUAUAUCUGUAUGUAUAAUCCGCGCCGUUGCGAGAAGAGCGUAUUAUGAAAAAUAAGAGAACGGGAAUGUUUCCAAGAUGGCGGAGGGUUCCCGAAGGCGAGAUAAUCGCGAGUCAUCGCGAGACCGUGCCAGAUCGACGAGAAGCGGGCCGGUUUCGCUAUUUAUAAUUAUCGAUACUGAUUAAAACGUACGUUUUCUCCGCUAGAUUCGACAAAUCGUUCAAUGGAACGACAAGUCCUUCGUCGAUCGUUGGAAGAACUCCUGUGAAGGACGCGUUACAGAGAGGGCCUAACUUCCGAGGCAAUCUCCAUUCGCGAUGAACGAUCUGGCAAGAAACGCGUGUUACGAGUCUCGAGGAUUAACACGGUGCUUACUAUUCUCUCUCCGUCGUCAAAAUGCUCGAAAUUCGAGCAUUUACCGCGCAACUCUUGACAUUCCACGUGGUCAGCAUGCUUCCACUCGCGCGAAUCAUUUACCGUCUAGCGCGCGAAUGACUGCUUUUCGAACGUUACUCGCACCGUGUACUAUCUAGCAAAAUACAUCCAUACGUCAAACGCUGGUCGAACACCGUGCUGAUCCUCGCUACGGGAUCCGUGGAUAACCGGGCCGGAGACGAUCGAUCCGACGCGAUUACAACGCGGAUCCAGCUGCAGCAGCGACAUUUACUGCGUAUUCAUAUUAUAAUAUCUCUUUGUACAUAUCCUUGAAUGACUUUUAAAUAAUAUUAUUAUUAAUUGAACGUUCUCGAAGAAGGCUUAUGAUGAUGUGGCAGUGAGGAGCAACUAUGCUUGCGAGGGCACGGAGCAUGGGCAAGCAAAUGGUGUGCAAUUUGGGAUACUGACAAAUAAUCAAUUUUUCAGUUUGAGAAUUUGGGGUUUUCAUAUUUCUUCAGUUAUAAAUGUGCAAAUUCUCAAGUGCCCAAAUUUCCUUAUUGCUACUUUACCAAAUUUACAAAUUUUUUAUUUUUUAUAUUUUCAAAAGUGUAGGUUCUUAAAUUCCUAGUGUAAGUUCUCAAAUUAUUGGAAACACCACAUACACACCGAUGCCCAUAAGCUCUCCGACAGGCACUGGAUUUGCCUAUCAGUGUCGUAUAGUAAUACCUCCCUAAGUGGCACAGUUUCUACCUUCUGAAGCGAAUAUCGUGUCAUCUUCAUUAUUAUAAGUAAUAAUGAAAUGUAUAUUUAGUGGUGUCUUAUUCUUAAAGAAUUCAAAGACAAUAUCAAAUCCACAAAUAUGUCACUAAAAUUGAAGGUAGAAAUUGAAGGUAGACAUUUAAAGAGGUAAUGCUGUAAUGUCUAGAAUUUAUCGACCGCAAAGUUGUUCGUAACUCGAGAGCGUCGAAGGAAAUAGACGAGACGGUCAAAAGAUAGUGACGCUAUUUCCGUUUCUUCAAACGUUUGCAAGGCCAACAUCCUCUCCCUUUUGCCUUUCUUUUCAACGUUUCUUAGAGAUCUUCCUUCUUGUUCUUCUUUUUCUCUCUUGUUUCACUUUUGUGCCUUUGGCGGUUCAAGCAUGUACGAUCCAUUCCAGGGAGCAUUUAUAUCUUGAUAUUUCGCGAUUCCAUUUUUCUUGAGGAUUCGAUUGGCUGUUUUUAACGUUGAACUUUGUCGACCCAACAAUUUUUUAGGUUUUUUUAUGUUUAUUUGAUAUUUGAUCUGCGAUCGAUUAAUUUGUUAAGGAUAAUUUGAUUAUGGAGGAGCUUGUUAAUGAAACAGUUACAAAUUGGUAACGUGAUUGACCGUUUUAAUAUUGGGUUGUUGUAAAUGAAUGGCAUAUUUAUGAAAAUUUCAAUUGCUAUAAGUUUUUUAAAAAUAUUUGAUAAUGAUUGAAAUUGUGUACUUUAUGUAUUAUCAUAUGCAAUUUUAUACUGUAUGUGCCAUUAUGUACAUUUGUAUACUUUAUAUGCUAUUAUAUAUAAUUGUACACUUUAUGUACAUCUAUGUUUUAAUCAUCCAUUUUAUAAUCUUAAUGUCGCCGUUUUCAUCAAACAUUAAGCUUCAAUUUGAUGUGACAUAAGUGUUAUUUUCACAGUAUUCUUAAGUAAUUAAAUUGUAUUAAUUUUUUUUACUUUGACCAUCUGUUAUACAACAACCUAAUAACAACUAUUGCGAUCAUUCAAUUAACUGAUCACAUUUCAACUUAAAAUGGUCUUGUAUUUCCUUGUACACACAACAAAAAAUGAACAAAGAAGUUAUUUUAUCGUAUAUAUGACAAAUGUUAAGAUAAUACAAAGUAGAUAUUUUAACACGUUACCUACCAUUUGCAAAUAAAUGAAUAAAUACUGUCAGUGCAUAACGUAGUAAUAACCAAAGAUUAAAAACAGUAACCUUAAUUUUAAUUUCAUGUUUCAUUUCAUCUUAAUUCUACAUAACUUUCCUCUUUUUAUCUGAAUUAAAACUAAAUAGUAAUGAUUGAUCAAUGAUCUAUUAAUUAAUAUUCAAUCAAUAACAAAGAAUCCAAGAAGCUUAUUAAUAAGUAGGUGUCCGGUAGGUAAAGUGUUGAAUAUUAAAAUGAAAUAAGGAAAUCUUUAAAAAUGAAUGGAAUCGUUCGCAUACGAAUAGAAAACGUUGAAAGAGACGUUGAGAGCGUUGAAAACGUUGAUAAUCUUGAAUUGCUGAAGCUCGAAUCCUUCUUCCUUUAAUUUUAUAAAACUACCUUAUGGAGUUUGUGUAACGUGAGAAUGUAAGAAUGUUUAUCAAGGAGCAAACGAGAGCGAGAGUCUGAAGAUUAUAGACAAGUUUUUUGAAUCUUCUUCUUCCACGAACCGCCCUUAUCAUCCUUUGACCAACUCUUUUGUUUUUAUUUAAUGCCUCUUAUCCCCGCAUCAUUCUCUUCUAUUGUUUUAAUUAUUUAUAUUAACUCGAGAUGAAACGACUGCGGGUCGUAGUCGGCACGAGGAACACGGAACAGAGGAAAGCAACCUUUUGUAUUUAAUUUGUUUAAUAAAAUCUUGGAUCAUAGUACAACA